CAUCACUAUCUGCUACCAUUUCAUCUUCUGUUAAUUAAUAUCCCAACUUUGAUACCAAGUAACCCAGAUUUCCUUCUUUCUUUUGUUGUCUUCGCUUUGAUUCUCUCACGCCGUAGCAUAUACAUACAUAUAUAUAUAUAUAUAUAUAAUAGCAAUUGCACUUUCCUUUUAGUUGUGUUAAUGUGCAUGGAACUCCAACUGGGACUCGCUCCUCCAGGUUCCGACACUUGGAGCCGGCCUUUGCUAAAACUGGGUUUAUAUGAAGACAUUAAUGUUAACAGCAAAAAACGUGGCUUUGAUCAUGGAUAUCUUGAAGACGAGUUUUCCGCUGCCAGUUUCAAGAACUAUGAAAAGGGUCUAGUGGGGUGGCCGCCUGUGAAAACCUGGAGGAGGAAGAAGCUACGCUGCCAAGUUCACAACCACAUGACAGCGGCGGAGAAUGGGUGCUGCGGGGGUAGGGCUUCAAAUUCCACGUACGUGAAGGUAAAGAUGGAAGGAGUUGUAAUUGCCAGGAAAAUUGACAUCAGCAUCCAUCAAUCCUUUGAAACGCUUACAACCACACUCAUGACAAUGUUUGAUAUCUUUGAUGAGAACCGGAGGAGCUUUAAACUGACUUAUCAGGACAAAGAAGGUGACUGGUUGAUUGCUGAAGAUGUUCCCUGGAGGACCUUCGUUCGUUCAUUAAAAUGCCUGAAAUUAAUUAGAAGCAAAGGGUACCAAUUGGGUUCCACGUCAAAUUAUAAAAUAUCAUCCGCCAUGUUUCUGCUUCCUUAAUUUUGGAUCCUAAAAGAAUCCUCGAGGCCUUUUGAACGACCAUGAUUUGAUGGAAGAUGGAUCAACGAGUUAAAGUCGUUAUUAGAAGCAGAGGGUAGCAAUCGAGUUCCACGUCAAAUUAUCAAAAGUCAUUCACCAUGUUUCUGUUUCCUUGAUUUUGGAUCCUAAAAGAAUCAUCGAGGCCUUUUGAGGGACCGUAUGUAUAGAUAGUUAUUUAACACUUUGUUACAGAUAAUGCAUAGUAAUAUUCAAAUAAGAAUGAUGUCUAUUUCACUAUUUCUUUGCA